GCACGCUCGGUAGUUUGCCAGGUUUCACAACUGGGAGAAAUAUAUAGGUAGUGACCGUGCCACUAAGAGUAAUCGGCAGGUGGUUGGGGUUUUCAAAUUGGGAGUGUUCAACUUGGAGCAGUCUGCAGAUUACGGGUGUUCAACUUGGAACGAUCAACAGAUUGCGGUUGUGUGACAAGGAAGGAACUACAAGUAGUACGAUAUAGCCAGGUGUGAGGCCUAUUCUGUCGAAAGAGUUUUUUAUUUCUACACAGACAUAAAGAACAAAAUGCCUCGAUUUCAACGAUACAGGGCUGUGGUAGUCGGUAAGACGGGCGUAGGGAAGAGUUCGUUCUGUAAUCGAAUGGCCAACAACAUCUUCUUCAGGACGGGUACAAGUGUUUCAUCCGUGACAAUAAAUCCACAAAAGGUAGCGGUGCAGUUUAAUAAUAUGCAGGUCUGUGAAUUCACUGACAUGCCUGGACUGUUUGAUACCUACCGGAGUCAUGGAGAGAUGGAGCAGAUACUAGGUACCUGUGUAGCACUAUCUCUGCCGGGUCCUCAUGUAUUUGUGUACGUUAUCAGCAUCGCCACCAGAUUUACACAAGAAGACAAACAAACUCUCUUGAAACUAAGCCAAAUAUUCGGAGAUGAUGUUUUCAGAUACAUGCUGGUCGUUUUCACCUGCAAAAAUAACCUAUAUCAUUCCCGCCAAAGCGAAAGACAGUAUAUUGCAGACUUCGUGAACAGCCUAUGCCGUUCAGGACAAGCCAUACCGCGACAUAUUAGGUAUUUGAUAGGUGCUUUGAAUGAAGGAAGGUACGCAUUUAUUGAAUGUUAUGGCUCAGAAAGCGCAAGUCGACCAGAUGUAUUUGGUGUUUACACGAAGAUUAAUCAGCUAAUAACAGCAAAUCGGGGUGGGCACUACACAAACCAAAUGUAUCAGGAUGCGGUCAGUAGAAUGGUUUGGGAAGGACGUAAAGCAACACUGAGGACGUGUGGAAAAUAUGCUUUGGUUGGGUUAGCUGGUGCUGCUGUGGUAACAGGUGGUUAUUUUGCUUGGCCUUAUGUCUUCGGCUCCGCCGCCUCCGCCGCACCUGUAGCAGCGACUGGAGAGGUGGCUGCUGGAGCCGGUGCAGUGACGACUGGGAACGUGGCUGCUGGAACAGGUGUAGUGGCAGGGGAAGUGGCUGCUGGAACCGGUGUAGUGGCUGGGGAAGUGGCUGUUGGAACCAGUGUAGUGGCCGGGGAAGUGGCUACUGGAACAGGUAUAAUGGCUGCUGGGAAUGUGGCUGCAGGAACUGGUAUAGUGGCUGGGGAAGUGACCGUUGGGACCGGUAUAGUCGCAUCUGGGCAAUUGGCUUUUGGACAGACAAUAGGAUCUCAUUUUGGAACUGCCGCGGCAGGAGCUGGGGUGGCCGCUGCUUUAAUGAGAGCCCAAAAUGGAAGUCAGAACAGACAAUGAAUGACAAAGGUAUAUAAUAUAAGCAUUGUCUGUUUAUCAAUCCUUUUUCUGAGAAUGAAAAUAUUUUUUAUAAAAAAAUAUAAAUAACAGUAUUAAGGAGAUAAACACUUCCUACUUCGAAUUUGAAGGAACGUAUUUGGGCAAGAGUGCUCAAACGAUCAAUCUAAAAAAAACAUCCUCAAGGAAGUGUUCAUCGACAUUGUAACUUUUAUUGAUCUUGACUUAUUUAACACAGUCGUUAUGCGUGCAGGAGACGACUCUUCAAUUUUAAAAAGAAACAUCGGUGUAAUAUUCGAUUCUUAUGUUCAUGGAGAGUCAUAUUAACGAUCUAAAAUGCACUAGAUCUGCCCUUGAACAACAUCCUAUCUUUUAAAGCUUAUCAGUCGCUAUCCACUUGUUCGCGAAGCGACCAUCGUGGGGUCCGGGUGGCGUCCCCCGGAAAUGCGAUUUCCAACUAUCUGAGACAAGAAUCUGGUUUUAAAGUACGCCCCCUGGAUCGAAAUGGUGAGCAGGGUGCGGGGGGGGGGGGGCACUAGAUCCAUCCUUGAAUAACAUCAUAAUAAUACAUAUCCUUGUAAGUUUUUGGUUUGGUAUUCACAUGUGUGUGAUUUUCACUGGUAAUUAAUACUUAUUUUAAAUUUAAAUGCCAGUAUUUUACAUAACUCCAACUAUUCAUACUUUAUGUGGAAUGAGCAGGCUCUUGUUAAAUCCCUAUUGUUAUACUAUAAUCUAUUGUAAUAAAUAUAGGAAUUGUAAUAACAUCUAGCUUAACCCCUAUUGUAGUACUAACCCCUAUUGUAAUACCACCCCCUAUUGUACUGCAUGUAUUAAUUGUAAUAAAUAUAUCUGAACCCCUA